AAAAUAUAGUUUUCAUUAAAAUAAAUUUCAAUAUUAUCUUUUUAAAGAAGUAGCCUCUUAAGCUAUUAAGUUUUCUUAAACUUAAACUUAUGCAAAUCCAAUCCUAAUACUUUUUUUCUAACUAGAGCUGGUGCCAGAAUUUGAGUUAGAGCUAGAGCUGGAGCUGGAGCUAGAGCUGGAGCUGGAGCUGGAGCUGGAGCUGGAGCUGGAGCUGGAGCUGGAGCCUGAGCUGGAGCCUGAGCUGGAGCCUGAGCUGGAGCUAUAAUAAGAAUAGUAGUAUUUAGUUCUUACCCAAAGAGUUGUGUUUUCCAAAUAAUCAAUUUGUGUUCCAGUUCUUAAAGUGAUUAAUCCAUUCUACAUUUAAAUAGCACUACAUUUUUAUUAUUUGCUACAUUCCCUUAAAGCUUGUUAAUUAUCAGUAAAAGUUUAAGUACCUAAUUAUUAUUCAAUAGUGCCAUUCAUAAUCUAUUAAUAAGUAGUCUCAUAUUUUGCAUUUCCUUCAACAAAGUUAACAUCAAUACUAUUUUAAGUAUACUCAGGAACUGGAGGAGCUAGUUCUACGUAUGAUUUUAAGAAAUAAGAAGUUUAGUUUUUAGAAUACAUGAUUAUAUUACCGAUCCUAAGUGUAUAAACCCAAGAUUCAUUAGUUUAAGUACCAGUGACACCAGAACAUUAUUCACUUGAUUCAAUACAUGCUUUUAAAGCUAUAUUUAAAUUUUGAUAAGUUAAACAUGAUUUUUAACAUUAACCUAGGGCGGCGGUUGUGUAUUCAUCAAAUUAAACUUCAGAUUUCACUCCACGGAAUAAACCAAUUUCUUUUAUUUAUUUACCGGUUUAUACGGGUUUAUUUUGCGUGGUAGAUUCUGAAGAAGAAGAUGAUGAAGAUGAUGAAGAGGAUGAAGAGGAUGAAGAGGAUGAAGAGGAUGAAGAGGAUGAAGAGGAAGAAGAAGAAGAUGAAGAAAAAGUGGAAGUACUAACAUUAGAUUUGAAAUAACAAUAUAAACCUUCUAAAUAAGUAAUUUUAUCACCAGAUCUUAAAUAAUAUAAAGUUUAACCAUUUACUAUAGAUUAAUUUACACCAGAGCAUUGAUUAUCAGGGUUACAUUAUUAGAAAGCUAAUUCUUAAGUAGAGAAACUUUAGCAGGAUCCAUAACAUGAUCCAAUAAGGCCAUUUUUAAAUUCUUAAUACUUGAUAUUGUAUUUAGUAUUUCCUAAGGUUGUAGAAGAAUUAUAUUCUUUAUUAGUUGAAACGGCUUACAUUACUAUUUCUUAUAUGGUGCUUGUUGUUACCGAUGAUCUGAAAUAGGUUGUUGCUGAAGGAUUUUUGGAGAGAGUCUUUUAAUUUCUAAUAAGUACUUAAUUAUUAGAAGAGAAGGUAGAAACACCAUAACAUUUUGACUCUCCACAACAUUAAUCUAAUGCAGCACUUUAAUUAGUAAAUUAUUAGCAAUUUUCUCCACAUUCAGCAAUUGUUGACUAUAAUAACGUUCUUUCAGUAUAUAU